CGGCGGAUGCCAAGAAGCAGAAGCUGGAGACUGAACUUCAUCUAGGGAAGAAGUUGAAGGAAGCAGAAGCGGCGGUCAUCGAAGCCAAGAAGCAGUUGGAGGAGAUGGCUGAGGUAUGUGGUUUUUCCGUAGUUAUUAAUGUAUUGGAAAGUUAGUGGGUCCAUAAGGCACGUGUGUUGAUUUCAUAAUGUUUUUACUUUUGCAGAGGGCAGAAGAGGCGGCGAUUGAAGCCACAAGGCAGCGCAUCCGAGAUCGUGAGAUCACCGAACGCAAAUUUGUGAGGGUGGCUGAGGUAGAUACUGCGAAAUACCUUGAUCUGGCACUACGCAAUAAGAAGCAGACCCCAGAGGAGAAAUGGGCAAAACUCGAGAUGUAUUGUAAAAACGUCGAUGUGAAAAUAGGAGAGUAUAAUGUUGACGAGUAUUUGAAUGAACUCGGGGAUCUGCAGAUUUCCUAUCCGGCGUGUCAUCUUGAGAAGUUGAAGUUGAGGGGCGACGCGCUGGGAUCGAUGUAUAAUGCCAACGGGGAAGCUGUGGAAGAUGGUGUUGUCGAUGAGGCUUCUGAACAGAAGGCAAUAGAAUCCGUGCCAGUUGUAGAGGCCAAGCCAGAUGGUGAAAGAGGUGAGAGUCAGAUGGUUUAUUCGGAUCAGAAGCUUCAUAGACCCUUUAGGCCAUUGCGUGCGAGAUACAGUGAAAGAUCAUACAGAUGGUGGGAGAGAAUGCCCAGUUAAGUGUUGU